UGCCGCUGCCGGCCGCCCGCGGGGCGGCUGAGGCGGGUGGCGGGGCCGGGGGAGGUGGUGGUGGCGGCGGGCGGCUCCCGGCCAUGUGUCGGCCGGGGGUGCGCGGGCUCCUGGGCCGGGCGUGCCUGCUGCUGCUGCCGCCCUGCGCCCUAGUGCUGGCGGCGGUGCCCGGCUCCGCGUCCCACCCGCAGCCCUGCCAGAUCCUGCGGCGCAUCGGGCACACCGUUAGAGUGGGGGCCACCCACCUGCAGCCCCGCGCCGCCGCUUGGCCCGGGGAGCUUGCGGGCGGACGGCGGGCAGGCGGCAGCCUCGAGGGGGGCAGUGCGGCGGGGCCGCGGGGCCGGCGACCGGGGGCCGGCGUGGAGCGGCAGCCGCCCCCCUCGCCGCGGGACGCGUUGCUGCUCGCCGUGGCGAACCUCAACAGCAUGGUUGGGCUGCUGCCCUACAACCUGUCCCUGGAGGUGGUGAUGGCGAUCGAGGCGGGGCUGGGCGACCUGCCCCUCUUCCCCUUCUCUUCCCCCAGCGCCUCCUGGAGCAACGACCCCGUCUCCUUCCUGCAGAGCCUCUGCCACACCGUGGUGGUUCAAGGGGUCUCCGCCAUCCUCGCCUUCCCGCAGAGCCGCGGGGAGAUGCUGGAGCUGGACUUCGUAUCGGCGGCGCUGCGCAUCCCGGUGGUCAGCAUCGUCCUGGGCGAGUUCCCCCGGCGGAGCCCGAAUCCCCUUCACCUGCAGAUGAGUUUAGAAAACUCAUUGAGUUCUGAUGCUGAUGUCACUUUCUCAAUUCUUGCAAUGAACAACUGGUAUAAUUUCAGCCUGAUGCUAUGCCAGGAGGAGUGGAACAUCACAGAUUUCCUCUUCCUCACCCAGCAGAGCUCCAAGUUUCACCUGGGAUCCAUUAUAAACAUUACAGCUAACCUCACUUCAGCCAGUGACCUUCUGAACUACUUACAGUUUUACCUGGAGAGCAUCAAAGACACGACAUCUACCAUGGUGAUGUUUGGAUGUGACAUGGAAAAAACACGGAGGAUUUUUGAAAUAACCACCCAGUUUGGUGUGAUGCCUCCAGAACUUCACUGGAUUAUUGGGGAUUCACAGAAUGUGGAAGAACUGAGGACAGAAGGUUUGCCACUCGGUCUCAUUGCUCAUGGCAAGACAACACAGUCAGUCUUUGAGCAUUAUGUGCAAGAUGCAAUGGAGCUGGUAGCAAGAGCUGUAGCAGCAGCCACCAUGAUUCAACCUGAACUAGCUCUUAUUCCAAGUACAAUGAAUUGCAUGGACACAGAUGAAAGGAAUAUCACUUCAGGGCAGUAUUUGUCAAAGUUUUUAGCCAACACAACCUUUGACGGUCUCAGUGGCCACAUCAAGGUGAAAGGUUCUUCCAUUAUCAGCUCAGAAAACAACUUCUUCAUAUGGAAUCUACAACAUGACCCUGUUGGGAACCCAAUGUGGACUCGUCUUGGAAGCUGGCAAGAAGGAAAGAUAGUCAUGGACUAUGGGAUAUGGCCAGAACAGGCCCAGAGACAUAAAAAUCACAUGCAACACCCCACCCGGCUGCACCUCAGAGUGGUAACUCUCAUUGAGCAUCCAUUUGUUUUUACCAGAGAUGUAGAUGAUGAAGGUCUUUGCCCAGCAGGGCAGCUCUGUCUGGAUCCUUUGACCAAUGAUUCAGCCAUGCUGGAUAACCUGUUUGAAACUCUUCAAGGAGGGAAUGACACUGUUCCCAUUGAGCUGAAGAAGUGCUGCUAUGGCUACUGCAUAGACCUGCUGGAGAAACUAGCCGAGGAUAUGAAUUUUGAUUUUGACUUGUACAUUGUUGGUGAUGGAAAAUACGGAGCCUGGAAGAAUGGCCACUGGACAGGGCUGGUGGGAGACCUUCUUGCUGGCACGGCUCACAUGGCAGUAACGUCAUUCAGCAUCAACACUGCGCGUAGCCAAGUGAUUGAUUUCACCAGCCCUUUCUUUUCAACCAGCUUGGGCAUCUUGGUGAGGACCAAAGACACAGCAGCUCCUAUUGGAGCCUUUAUGUGGCCACUUCACUGGACUAUGUGGCUGGGGAUAUUUGUUGCUCUACACAUCACAGCUAUAUUCCUUACCUUAUAUGAGUGGAAAAGUCCUUUCGGGAUGACCCCCAAGGGAAGGAAUAGGAACAAAGUCUUCUCCUUCUCCUCUGCCCUGAAUGUCUGCUAUGCUAUCUUGUUUGGAAGAACAGCUGCUAUCAAACCUCCCAAGUGCUGGACUGGAAGGUUUUUAAUGAAUCUCUGGGCUAUUUUCUGUCUGUUUUGUUUGUCGACAUACACAGCCAACCUAGCUGCUGUCAUGGUAGGAGAGAAGAUCUAUGAAGAGCUUUCUGGAAUACAUGACCCAAAGCUCCACCACCCAUCCCAAGGGUUUCGGUUUGGAACCGUGCGAGAAAGCAGCGCGGAAGACUACGUGAGGCAAAGCUUCCCAGAGAUGCACGAGUACAUGCGACGCUACAACGUCCCUGCAACCCCCGACGGAGUGGCAUAUCUAAAGCAUGAUCCAGAGAAACUCGAUGCCUUCAUCAUGGAUAAAGCACUCUUAGAUUAUGAAGUAUCAAUAGAUGCUGACUGCAAGCUUCUAACUGUGGGAAAACCCUUUGCCAUUGAAGGAUAUGGUAUUGGCCUUCCCCCCAACUCUCCACUCACCUCAAACAUCUCUGAACUGAUUAGCCAGUACAAGUCCCAUGGUUUCAUGGAUGUUCUGCACGACAAAUGGUACAAGGUUGUUCCAUGUGGGAAAAGAAGCUUUGCUGUCACAGAGACACUGCAAAUGGGCAUCAAGCAUUUUUCUGGGCUCUUUGUGAUGUUGUGUGUUGGCUUUGGCUUGUCCAUUCUCACUACCAUUGGGGAACACAUUGUGUACAGACUGGUCCUACCACGAAUCAAGAAGAAGUCCAAGAUGAAGUACUGGCUCCAUACAAGUCAGAGAUUACAUCGUGCCCUGAACAGCUCAUUUAUUGAGGACAAAUGCCAGCCUAAGACAAAAAGAGUAGAAAAGAGAAUGAGAAAUAAGAAAGCUGAAGAGAACCUACAGUCCUUUCAGAAACCUUGGUCUAAAACAACUCUGUCUGGAGGAAAAAAGUCCCAUGUAGGCAACAGCCAGCAUGCUGUGUGGAAUACAGGCCAUCUGGGCAACUGUCACCGGAAAAAAUACAUCUGCACCGACGAAGGGCAAAACGAAGUGACGAUCCGACAGCACCAGGACAUCCCCCUGCCACAGGUGAAGAGAGAGGCUCCAGCAUCCUUAACCACCAAUGGGAAAGCAGAGUCCCUCAAUACUGCUAGGACCUCGGUGAUGCAAGAGCUUACUGAGCUGGAGAAGCAGAUUGAAAUCAUCAAGAAGGAGCUGCAGCUCGCCAUGGACAGGAAAUCUGAGCUGGAAGAGUAUCAGAGGACAAAUAGGACUGCAGAGCCCUAGGCCAGCACACCCAGGCCCUUUCCCACUUUUUUCCCCUUUCUCCCCAUCCUCUGUAAAAUUUGUAACACACUUUUUGUAAUGCCAGAAAGAGGUGCAAAAAGAAAGCAGGCAAUAUGCUCUUCAUGAGAGCAGGAUUGCAGCAGCCCUCAACCACUGCCACCCUCCUGACUCUUCCUAACAAGUCUCUCAUUCUCCUGGCAAACAUUCACCAUUCCUAAAGGACUGGAGAAACAAGGAACAUCCAAACAUUAGGAGUUCCUGGCUUCUCCAGUUGACAUUACAGUGAGAUUCCCACCAUCUUAGCCCUUUCUGUGCAUCAAUUCAAAAAACGACAAAAAAAGGGGAUAUGUAAAAAAAAACAGACAUUUAAACUGCUCAUUGGAAGCAUGUUCUUUGUUGGUAUGUUUUUGUUGUGGUAUCUAUGGGUCUAGUCUCAGUUCAUGCUAAGGCUCCUUAUGGUUGCCUCAUUACACCAGGUGCUAGUUCUGUGUUGGCAACCCCCUUCCCUCCUGGCACAGGCUGUGGUUUCACAAGACAAAUUCUUGGUGGCAAUCCCAGUACACAGCAUUCUCUCAGCUCUGUCAGCAAAAGCGCAGAUGUGGCUGCUCUGUGACAGUGAUGAAGGAACUAACACAGCUUAAAAAUAACUUGUCAAAAAACCAAAGCACCACCUCUGUCUGCUUCUGAGCCCCAGUUUGGCUUCCACUCCCACCCAGAGAGAAGCCAUGCAAACAGCUGCACUGGCAGAUGUGAGGGGAUGGGUUUGCAGAGCAAGGAGGGGAGGGGUGGCAGUACUGUAAAUCAGUAUUUACCAGUGUGAAUCUGCUUCCCUAAUAUUAUCUAUCUUCAGUUGGCAAGGUUCUUUCUCACAGCCCAGCUAAUAGAGGGGCUCUGGUCCGUUAUUUGUUCUGACACCAAGCUCCCAUCAGAGUCAAAGGGAGUCACCAAAGCCUCCUUGUGGACCAGGGCCCACUGUGAAGAAUGAAAGUUGUGGUUUCAAAGACAGUGUACUGAAUGGAGCUCCCUCCCACACCUGGAUAAUGAGGGGAAGGAAGGGUAAGCUGUUCAGCAUCUGAAUAAAUACUGCAUCAACCCAACUGACUUUGUUAUUGAAACAGGAUUUCUGUUG